AUGUUCAUAUCCACGAUAUCGUGGCCAAGGCGCUCGACGACGCGGUACUAUACGUCGAAGCGACAAAGAGGAAUUUUCCCUGAUGCUAAGGAUCAGCAAAGAGAAAGAAAACAUCGGCGGCGUGGAAACAGAAGGCGAGACGCAGAGGGAAACCCAAACAGCAAUCACCAAGAUCGAUCUGGAAUCCUACUCGCACCUGCUCCAUUCGGCCCUUGUAAGACAUUUACCGAGCUUGAACCGGCGGUGCGUGAUGUUUGGCUCGCUGUGGAAGUUGCGCCGGAGAAAGUGGAGCUCAAGAAAUAUAUAUUGGCGGCCCUUGAUACUAAGACGCUGUCGGAUUGUAUUCUUGCGUGGAAUAGCUCGUCAUUUAAAUCUAGUUUGAUGAGCUCGAAGGUUUCGUCGGAGCGGAGGAAGAAGGUUCUCAACGUUCAUUUCACGAUGCCGCCUUCUAUUCGGACUGUGGAACUUAUGACCAAUGGUGAGACUGACCCGAAGAUAGUCACUUACCUGGAGGAUGUCCAAGGAGAGUGCGGCAUGCUGCCAGUAACUGCUCGCCGUGAAACAACCGGGUAA